AUGGCGGCCCGGCCCCAGCCGUGCGCCCGCGCGGCCCUGCUGUCCCUGCAGGUGGUGCUCAAGGGGGUGGUCAAGCAAUUUUUCAACGAAAAAGAGGUGACCAGCACCCUCGUCAUGGACGCGCUGCACGCGGGCUGCCGGCAGCUGGAGGAGGCCAGCAGGGCCUGGGCGGCGGGCACGCUCGCGGACGGCCCGCCCAGCGUAGUGAUCCGCGCCGAGCGCAACACCUUCACGUUCGGCGCGUCGCUCCCGGAGGUCGCGGAGCGAAGCGCCAGCCCGGACUGGAUCCCGCCCUACCGAGAGGACAAGGGCGUGCUGGGCGCUGACGGCCUCGCGCUGCGCAGCGGCGCGGAGUCAGGGCCGGAGGGGGAGGCGCGGCGUGAUAGUGUCGACCGGGACGAGCGGCGGCUGGGGGAGCUGGGGCGCAAGACGGUGGAGAUGCUGGCGAUCGCGCAUAUAUUCUGCGAGAGGCUCGAGAGCGAGUACCGCCAGUACCAGGCUCUGAAGCGGCAGGAGGCGCUUAUCGCGGAGGAGGAGGAGGCGGGCCGCCUGGAGGACGAGCGGCAGGCGGCGCGGCAGCAGGCGGAGAAGGAGCGGCGUGCGAAGAAGAAGCAGAAGCAGCAGCGGCGCAAGGAGGAGGAGCGGCUGCGGCGCGCGGCGGAGGAGGACGAGCGGCGGCGGGCGGAGGAGGAGCAGCGGCGGGAGCACGAGGCGCGCGCGGAGGAGCGGCGGCGGCAAGACCGGGAGGGGCGCGAGCGCGAGGCGGCGGCGGCCGCGGCGGCGGUCGCGCAGCGCGAGCGGCGCCAGAAGCAGCAGCAGCAGCAGGAGGAAGAGGAGCAGCAGCAGCAGCAGGCGGCGGGCAGCAGCGGCAGGGGCGCGCCGCGCGGGGAGGGCGGCGGCGACGCGGAGCGCUCGGCGGGUGGCAGCGCGCUGCGGUCGCACGUGCUCGCCGCCCAGAACGGGCACCGCAGCAGCAGCCCCGGCAGCAGCGCAAGCAGCGACGCCAGCGACGCCACCGGCUCGAGCGGCCGGCCCGCCAGCUCGUCGCGCGCGCCCGCGCCGCCGCAGGGCCGGAGGAGCCCGACGCACCCCAACCACUCGGCUGCCGCGGGCGCCUCGGCCCGCGCCGGCCCUGGCCCCAGCCCGGGCCCCGGCGCCGGCCCCGGCGCGGCGGCCGCGGCUGCCGCGGGAGCAGAGCUGGAGGCGCACAGGCGGCGCGUGGCAGAUCUGGAGGACCAGGUCGCGAUUUUGCAGCAGCACAACCGCAUGUACGAGGCCGGCGCUUCGAGCAGCGGCCGGCAGCUGGGGGACCUGCAGCGCCAGGUGGCGGACUUUUCAAAGGCGCUGGCCGACAAAGAGCGCGCGCUGGAGGGCCACAGGCGGCGCGCGGCGCAGCUGCAGGCGGCGGUGGAGGAGCGGGACGGCGUGAUCGCCGAGCUGCGGAAGCAGCUAGCGGCGGCGCAGGCGGCGGCAGCGGCGGCGGCAGCGGCAGCAGGGCUUCCUUAA